UUGUUCCUACCAUGAUAGAUAUUCAGCAAGAUAGCCAAAAAGGCACUUUCACAUUCCAUGGCAUAGAUGGCUAUACUAUUAUUUUUUUGGAUAAUAAUUGGAUCCAGGGGUAUACAUGUUCAGAGAAUUCCUCCGUGGGGUGCUUGCUUCAGAAUUAUCCCUUUCCUUCCUGUGGUGUCGGUUUCUACUGUGGGCCUUUUGGCAUCUGUGAUACAACAAGUAUGCAAUGCAUGCGCCCAGAGGGGUUUAAUUUUCACCAACUAAGCCACAAUCUUGGGAAUGAGGAGAUUACAGCAAUGGAUGUCGUACAGUUGCCCCUCUGAAUUGCAAGAAUGAGAAUUCAGGCUAUAGGGAUUAUAUUUUUGAGACAUUAUGAGACGCCCUAACUUCCCAGGGGGUCACCCAUCCUAGAACUACUUCCGUCCUAGCACGCUUAACUCUCUUAACCUCUUGGAUCUUGUCACCACCCAAAAUGCUUAAGCCGGGUUAAGAGUUUAGUCCUAUUAUAUCUCAUAUAUAAGACUAUCUGGGGUCUCACAUAUUACCUGACAAUCCUCAAAGUUUCCCUGCCAGUGAUCAUGAUGAAUGUGAGUCUGCCUGCACAAGUAAUUGUUCUUGCACCGCUUUCUCUUUUUUUUCUGAGUGCAUGUUAUGGCACGGAGAUUUGAUCUAUUCGACCCAAUGCGGUGAUUGCUCAGAUGGCUCGCCAAUUAGCAUACGAACAAAAAUAGAUUCUUGGAGAAGAAAUAAGCAUCCAGAGCAGUCGCUUAUAGGACUGACCGUAGGUGUAGUAUUAGGGACUGCGACUGUCUUGGCUAUCGGUUUGAUCGUUACUCGGAGAUGCAAGAAAAGAUCACACACUACAGACCCAAUUUAUUCGAAGAGUUUUCGAGUGUUCUCCUACUCUAAUCUGACGAGUGCUACCAAGAAUUUCUCAAAGAAGCUGGACCAAGGGAGCUUCGGAAGUGUUUUCAUGGGCACCUUGCGUGAUUCAACGCUUGUGGCCGUGAAGAAACUCCGAGGACUCAGGCAGGGAGAGAAGCAAUUCAGAGCAGAGGUGAUCACGGUCGGUAUGAUUCAGCAUAUUAACAUAGUUCGCCUCCUCGGCUUUUGUGCGGAAGGAACUAGAAGAUUGCUCGUCUGUUGGAACCAGCGAUACCGAAUAGCAAUUGGAAUUGCGAGAGGCUUAGCUUAUCUCCAUGAGAAAUGCAAGGACUUCAUCAUGCACUGUGAUAUUAAACCGGAAAACAUACUCUUGGAUGAGAAAUUCUGUCCAAGAAUUGCAGAUUUCGGCAUGGCCAAGCUCUUCACUAGAGACGGAAGCCGGGUCCUGACAACUAUGAGGAGGACAAUAGGAUAUCUCGCGCCGGAGUGGAUAUCCGGGCUAGCUAUCACGCACAAGGCCGACGUUUACAGCUUCGGGAUGAUGCUUUUCGAGAUAAUAUCCGGCAGGAGAAACACGGAGAGGUCGGAAGACGGAACGUAUGUGUAUUUUCCUACUUGGGCCGCGGCGAAAAUCCACGAAGGCGAGGUGUCAUGCUUGUUAGACAACAAGUUGAAGGGUGAAGCAAACAGUGAAGAGCUCGAAAGAGCAUGCAGAGGUGCUUGUUGGUGCAUUCAAGAACUUGAAAGCAGCAGGCCAUCCAUGGGACUAGUUGUUCAGAUGCUAGAGGGAGUUCAAGAGGUCAGCAUGCCUCCUAUACCUACAUACCUGUGUAAUUUUGUGCUGGAUGAGACUGGCUCAAUUAAUACUCAGGUUUAUGGGCAUUGUCUCGAUGAUCUGAUGAGCGAUUCCUUCACCGAAUAAGGAUUAAAAUAGGCCCUCCAUGAGAAUGGCUCAAUUAGUACUCUCUCUUUUUCUUUUUUCUUUUUUUCUUAAUGAAGAUGUUUUAUUAUUUUUAAGUAAAGACUCGCGUUCAAUUGAAUAUGCUUUGGUGAGGUGAUUUCAAUAUGUGUAA